CAGAAUACUGAAACAGUGCCUGAGACUGAUUGUCAACCACCUACCACAACCGCUGUCCGGCAUCCACAGUUGUCUGUUACGAAGGCAUUCGCGGCUAUGUUUCUAACGAGAGCUCUUGAAAAGAUUUUGAACGAGAAAGAAACAAAAAGGGCUAAUAAUAUAGAGCUUCGUAAUGCUUGCAAAGAGGGAAUUAAGUGUUUAGCUGCCCGAAGCAAUCCGCCAGGAAGCUCCUCUUCAGCAGAUCACAAAAAUUCGUCCGGAAAUCACUUUCCGCCUUUAAUGCUCAAGGAAGGACCGCUUCUUAAUGAUGAACGCAUUCUCCUACCUUUUGAACUUGCUUGUGGAAGUAAAUCGCCCAAAGUUGUAGCGAUAGCCCUUGACUCCAUCCAGAAACUAAUCGCCUACGGUCAUGUCUCUAAUGAUGCUUACGAUUCCUCGGGAAAAACGCGUCUAAUUGAAAGAAUUGUUGCCACUGUCUGCUCUUGUUUCCAGGUAAUACAUUUCAUAAAAUUCAUGUUGGACCAUAAGCGGCGUAUACAUUCAAUGGGUGUGCAAACUGAUGACGAGGUUCAGCUUCAAGUUAUCAAAGCUCUUCUAACCGUCGUCACUUCGCCAAUCGUAGAAGUUCAUGAAAAGGAUAUACUUUUAGUCGUUCGCACUUGCUACAGCAUAUACAUGGCUACACGUAAUGCUGUAAACCAAACCACAGCCAGGGCAACAUUGACCCAAAUGCUGAACGUUAUCUUCCAAAAAAUGGAACAAGCCAGCCUAGAUGCAGCCGUGUUACAUGAGCAGACGCACACUAGUGGCGAAAACCAACACUCAAAGCCAACACAGGAGAAAUCGGUCUCGCUUGAAAACUCUGAUCAAGGUUCCGAAGCCCCUCCUGCGACCACUGCAUGUACAGUAGAAAAGGCAGAAUCGAGUGUUGCCCCAGUAACUCAUCUGAAUGGUGAUGAGGUUUGCAAUGUAGCCGAACCGCCUGAGCCGUCGCAUAGUAGUGGCCAAGAUCAAGACCCAAAGCCAACACUGGAGAAAUCAGCCUCGCUUGAAAACGCUGUUCAAGGUUCCGAAGUCUCUCCUGUGGACACUGCAUGCAAAGUAGAAAACGCAGAAUCUAGUGUUGCCCCAGUAAGUCAUCUAAAUGGAGAUGAAGAGUGUAAUACCGACGAAUGUGAUGAAUCACAACAUACGGACGAAUCGGCAAACAAUGCAACAGAAUCCGAGGAACAGACAACAGAGCCAACUCAGAAUGGCAGCCCUGAAGAAUCGGAAGAAGUAAUGGUAAAAAGUUCAGAUUCUACUUCCGGCUGUGAUAAUGCAGAGCAUCCGACACAGAUUAAAGAUGAGGACCAAGUUUCCGAGGUUGACGGUGCACAAUCUGAGCCUGAUUCCGACGCUGGUUCUAAAUCUCCUGUUGAAACUUCCGAGCAGUCGCCGACUCCACCCUGUGUUCCAGUCGACGGUACUGUAGACAGUCCCGCUGAGCCUGAUGCCGACGCUGGUUCGAAAUCUCCUGUUGAAACUUCCGAACGGUUGUUGACUCCACCAUGUGUUCCAGUCGACGGUACUGUAGGCAGCCCCCCUGCGGAUACAGUUCAGCCCCCAGGCAGUCCUGUUUCUGAACCUUCGGUCAAUGAAGAUGCCAAUAAUUCCGCUUCAUUUGAUACCCCUGCGGAUAGCACACCAACUUCUCCUAUAGACAUGGAUACCAUCUCAGCAGGUGACACUGCAGAUUCUAGCACACCCGGUGACUACUGCUUCGCUAAUGUUGUCCAAAAAGAUGCCUUCUUGGUAUUCAGGUCUCUGUGCCGACUUUCUAUAAAACCCCUCUCCGGUGUUAAUCCUUCAGACCCAAAGUCACACGAACUUCGCUCAAAAAUUCUCAGUCUACAGUUAUUGCUCAGUAUCUUACAAAAUCCUGGCCCCGCCUUCCGGUCGAGUGAAGUAUUUGUUACCGCGAUAAAACAGUACCUGUGUGUCGCUCUCUCCAAAAACGGAGUCUCCACCGUUCCGGAGGUUUUUGAACUCUCUUUGGCCAUCUUUCUUUCUCUUCUAACUCAUUUUAAGCAACAUCUAAAGAUGCAGAUUGAGGUAUUUUUUAAAGAAAUCCUUCUGUCUAUUUUGGAGUCUCCAAGUACAACAUUUGAACAUAAGUGGAUCGUUGUUGCGGCAUUACAACGCAUAUGCAACGACGCGCAGUGCGUCUGGUCACACGACCUCUAUAAUGUCUCAAGUGAAGCCCAGUCUUUCCUGGGCUCGGAGCCAAUGUUUCCGAGUUCUCAUAAUAUUCACGUACAGGAUGCGGACAGCACUUCUUCUGUUGGUUUAAACAGGUCAACUUCUGACGACCCCGAAGCCUUCGAGUCGAGAAAAGCGCAGAAAGAAAUAUACGAAAAAGGCAUUUCCCUUUUCAACCACGGCAAAUUACAAAAGGGUUUGUCGCUUCUGAGGGAGAAUAAUCUUCUGGGUGAAACGGCCGAAGAUGUUGCCCUGUUCCUGCACAACGAGGCCCGCUUGUCUCGUACGGCUAUUGGUGAUUAUCUCGGCGAAAAUGAAGCCUUUGCGCUGGAAGUCAUGUACGCAUACGUGGAUUGCUUUGAGUUCGCCGGUGCUGAAUUUGUAUCCGCGUUAAGGUUAGUACCGCUCUUUUAUUACGUUCUGUUUCAAACAUAA